AUGAGCCGCCAAUUCACCUGCAAGUCGGGAGCUGCCACCAAGGGGGGCUUCAGUGGCUGCUCAGCGGUGCUCUCAGGGGGCAGCUCAUCCUCCUACCGGGCAGGGGGCAAAGGGCUCAGUGGGGGCUUUGGAAGCCGGAGCCUCUACAGCCUGGGGGGCAUCCGGAAUAUCUCCUUCAACAUGGCCAGCGGCAGCGGGAAGAGCGGAGGCUAUGGGUUUGGUCGAGGCCGGGCCAGUGGCUUUGCUGGCAGCAUGUUUGGCAGUGUGGCCCUGGGGCCUGUGUGUCCGUCCGUGUGCCCUCCAGGGGGCAUCCAUCAGGUCACUGUCAACGAAAGCCUCCUGGCCCCCCUCAAUGUGGAGCUGGACCCGGAGAUCCAGAAAGUGCGAGCCCAGGAGCGGGAGCAGAUCAAGGCUCUGAACAACAAGUUUGCCUCUUUCAUUGACAAGGUGCGGUUCCUGGAGCAGCAGAACCAGGUGCUGGAGACCAAGUGGGAGCUGCUGCAGCAGCUGGACCUGAACAACUGCAAGAACAACCUGGAGCCCAUCCUUGAGGGCUACAUCAGCAACCUGCGGAAGCAGCUGGAGACGCUGUCUGGGGACAGGGUGCGGCUGGACUCAGAGCUAAGGAGCGUGCGGGAUGUGGUGGAGGACUACAAGAAGAGGUAUGAGGAAGAAAUCAACAGGCGAACAGCUGCAGAGAAUGAGUUUGUGUUGCUCAAGAAGGAUGUGGAUGCUGCUUAUGCCAAUAAGGUUGAGCUUCAGGCCAAAGUGGACUCCAUGGACCAGGAGAUCAAGUUCUUCAAGUGUCUCUAUGAAGCCGAGAUCGCUCAGAUCCAGUCCCACAUCAGCGAUAUGUCCGUCAUCCUGUCCAUGGACAACAACCGGGAUCUGAACUUGGACAGCAUCAUUGAUGAGGUCCGUGCCCAGUAUGAGGAGAUCGCCCUGAAAAGCAAGGCAGAAGCCGAGGCACUGUACCAGACCAAGUUCCAGGAGCUGCAGCUGGCAGCUGGCCGGCAUGGGGAUGACCUCAAGAACACCAAGAAUGAGAUCUCAGAGCUCACCCGGCUCAUCCAGAGAAUCCGCUCAGAGAUUGAGAAUGUGAAGAAGCAGGCUUCCAACCUGGAGACGGCCAUCGCAGAUGCCGAGCAGAGGGGUGACAAUGCCCUGAAGGAUGCCCGGGCCAAGCUGGAUGAGCUGGAGGCCGCCCUGCACCAGGCCAAGGAGGAGCUGGCCCGGAUGCUGCGCGAGUACCAGGAACUUAUGAGCCUGAAGCUGGCCCUGGACAUGGAGAUUGCCACCUACCGCAAGCUGCUGGAGAGCGAGGAGUGCAGGAUGUCAGGAGAAUUUCCCUCCCCGGUCAGCAUCUCUAUCAUCAGCAGCACCAGCGGCAGCGGAGGCUAUGGUUUCCGGCCCAGCUCCGUGAGCGGCGGCUACGUGGCCAGUAGCAGCAGCUGCAUCUCUGGCGUGUGCAGCGUCCGCGGCGGGGACGUCCGGGGCAGGGGCAGCAGCAGUGACUACAAAGAUACCCUGGGGAAGGGCUCCAGCCAGAGCACCUCCUCCAAGAAAGCCAGCAGGUAG